AUGGCUGAGCAGCAGACUCCCACCUUCAAGCUCGUGCUUGUCGGCGACGGUGGUACCGGCAAGACCACCUUCGUCAAGCGUCACUUGACUGGCGAGUUCGAGAAGAAGUACAUGGCCACCCUCGGUGUUGAGGUUCACCCUCUUGGCUUCACCACCAACUUCGGCCAGAUCCAGUUCGACGUCUGGGACACUGCCGGCCAGGAGAAGUUCGGCGGUCUCCGCGAUGGCUACUACAUCAACGGCCAGUGCGGCAUCAUCAUGUUCGACGUCACCUCCCGCAUCACGUACAAGAACGUCCCCAACUGGCACCGUGACCUCGUCCGCGUUUGCGAGAACAUCCCCAUCGUCCUUUGCGGCAACAAGGUCGACGUCAAGGAGCGAAAAGUCAAGGCCAAGACCAUCACCUUCCACCGCAAGAAGAACCUCCAGUACUACGACAUUUCGGCCAAGUCCAACUAUAACUUCGAGAAGCCCUUCCUGUGGCUCGCCCGCAAGCUCGUUGGCAACCCCCAGCUGGAGUUCGUCGCCGCCCCCGCCCUGGCUCCUCCCACCGCCCAGGUCGACGAGGCUCUCCUCAAGGAGUACGAGAAGGAGAUGGACGCCGCCGCUGCCCAGCCCCUGCCUGAUGAGCAGUCUGACGACGACCUGUAA